CAUGCCGGCGAGCCGCAUUUCACUUCCUCCUCGCCAGCCUUCACUAUGAACGCCUGUCGCAACUCCAAGAUCAGAUGGCGCCGUCUUCCUUCUCAAGAUCCAAAGGGUCAGGGUCACCCUUGCUCGCCCCAAGGCCAAACACCGCCGCUGCUGCCGACCACCAGCAGCAUGGAAUAUCCGCCGUUGUGUCCAUUGACGAGCCAGCGAGAGCGACAUUGUCCAGUGUGCCUGCAGGUGGCCAGCUUCCCCGUGCAGACCAACUGCGGACACUUAUUCUGCGCUCCAUGUUUGAUUGCCUAUUGGAGGCACGGGACAUGGUUGGAUGCGGUCAACUGCCCCCUCUGUAGACAAAAGGUUAGCGUCAUGUGUCAGUUGUUUAACUGCCGACCGGAUCAGCAGUCCAAGGACGUUCUGGGCCAGAUAAGUGACUACAACAAACGCUAUUCUGGAGCGCCCAGACGGAUCCGAGACUACCUGUCAGACGCCCCCAUCAUCCUGCAGCUGGCAGUCCGCGGGUCAGGGACCCCGGGGGGUCUCGUGUGGCUCUUCUUCUUGCGGGUGGCAUUGUGUUGCGCGGGUACCGCCGUCUCCGCGGCCUACCCACCAACACCAUCAGGUUCGCUGAAAACAUCCCCGACCCUCUGCGGCCUCUUGGGGCUGCUGGACGACCUGGUGGUGGUGGUCCUGCUCCUCCUGUGCGUCCUCAACGUCAAUCAUCAGAUGGCGCCGGGGAGAGGGCGCUCGGCCGGUGCCAGAGCUGUGGCCAGCUAGAACAUUGAAGCAUUUCCAAAACAUUAUAAACACUAAGUAAUCUGGAUUUUCCUAAUUCGGACUGAACAUCUCUGUAUAUAUAAUUUAUAUUGUUUUUAAUGUGUAAAAUAAAAUAUUUAUUUUGUUUCUAUUAAAUCCAAAAUGUUUCUAAUGCUUUCACAAUGGUUCCUAAAGUUAGGAAUGGCGUUGUAAUUUCCAGACUGGUAAAUGGAUUAUUUAUAUUGAAUUUCUUUGGAUUGUGGCAUUUUUUUAGGCUCUUUAAG